CGCGGCCGAGACGCAGCCGACGGCUUCCGGGUUUGGGCCUGGCGCUGCGGUUGAGGCGGCGGCUGCCGAGCGGGGCGCAGGCGGUGGGAGCGGGGCACCGGCAUGGACGUUUCGGGGCAGGAGACCGACUGGCGGAGCGCCGCCUUCCGGCAGAAGCUCGUCAGCCAAAUAGAGGAUGCCAUGAGGAAGGCUGGUGUGGCCCACAGUAAAUCCAGCAAGGACAUGGAGAGCCACGUGUUUCUGAAGGCCAAGACUCGGGAUGAAUACCUUUCUCUCGUGGCCAGGCUCAUUAUCCAUUUUCGAGACAUCCAUAACAAGAAAUCACAAGCUUCUGUCAGUGACCCUAUGAAUGCGCUGCAGAGCCUGACUGGCGGGCCCGCCGCGGGAGCAGCCGGCAUUGGCCUACCUGCUCGGGGCCCCGGCCAGCCCCUGGGCGGGAUGGGCGGCCUGGGGGCCAUGGGGCAGCCGAUGCCACUCUCGGGGCAGCCACCUCCUGGCACCUCGGGGAUGGCCCCCCAUGGCAUGGCCGUCGUGUCCACGGCCGCUCCGCAGACCCAGCUGCAGCUCCAGCAGGUGGCGCUGCAGCAGCAGCAGCAGCAGUUCCAGGCACAGCAGCAGGCGGCGCUGCAGCAGCAGCAGCAGCAGCAGUUCCAGGUGCAGCAGAGUGCCAUGCAGCAGCAGUUUCAGGCUGUGGUGCAGCAGCAGCAGCUCCAGCAGCAGCAGCAGCAGCAGCAUCUGAUCAAGUUGCAUCAUCAGAACCAGCAGCAGAUGCAGCAGCAGCAGCAGCAACAACUACAACGGAUGGCACAGCUGCAGCUGCAGCAACAGCAGCAGCAGCAGCAGCAGCAGCAGGCUUUGCAGGCCCAGCCGCCAAUACAGCAGCCCCCAAUGCAGCAGCCACAGCCUCCCCCCUCACAGGCCCUGCCCCAGCAGCUGCAGCAGCUGCAUCACCCGCAGCACCACCAGCCACCACCACAGCCCCAGCCGCCAGUGGCCCAGAACCAGCCAUCGCAGCUCCCGCCUCAGUCACAGACACAGCCUUUGGUGUCGCAGGCUCCGGCCCUCCCCGGACAGAUGCUGUAUGCCCAGCCGCAGCUGAAACUCGUCCGGGCUCCGAUGGUGGUGCAGCAGCCGCAGGUGCAGCCCCAGGUGCCGCAGGUGCAGCCCCAGGUGCCACCGCAGACAGCAGUGCCGACGGCUCAGGCCUCCCAGAUAGUGGGUCCCGGAGUCCAGGCUCCCACACUCACGAGGCAGGGACCUGAGGGUGUCCCAUCGCAGCCCAGAAGCCCCCUCCAGGAGCAGAGGGCCACCCAGCCCGGCCCUUCUGCCAGCAUCUUGGUCACUGUGUGUUUGCGUGGGCACCCACAGGUCAGCCAGAGUGGCCUCACCAUGCUGUCGUCACCGUCGCCGGGCCAGCAGGUGCAGACCCCGCAGUCGAUGCCCCCUCCCCCCCAGCCGUCCCCGCAGCCCGGCCCACCCAGCUCACAGCCCAACUCCAACGUCAGCUCCGGCCCUGCCCCGUCCCCCAGCAGCUUCCUGCCCAGCCCUUCGCCGCAGCCCUCCCAGAGUCCAGUGACGGCGCGCACCCCGCAGAACUUCAGCGUCCCCUCCCCAGGACCUUUGAACACGCCUGUGAACCCCAGCUCCGUCAUGAGCCCCGCGGGCUCGAGCCAGGCCGAGGAGCAGCAGUACCUGGACAAGCUGAAGCAGCUGUCCAAGUACAUCGAGCCCCUGCGCCGUAUGAUCAACAAGAUCGACAAGAACGAAGACAGAAAAAAGGACCUGAGUAAGAUGAAGAGCCUUCUGGACAUACUGACAGACCCCUCCAAGCGGUGCCCUCUGAAAACGCUGCAGAAGUGUGAGAUCGCCCUGGAGAAACUCAAGAAUGACAUGGCAGUGCCCACGCCCCCACCUCCCCCGGUGCCGCCAACCAAGCAGCAGUACCUGUGCCAGCCACUCCUGGAUGCCGUCCUGGCCAAUAUUCGCUCGCCUGUCUUCAACCAUUCCCUGUACCGCACGUUCGUGCCUGCCAUGACGGCCAUACAUGGCCCCCCCAUCACGGCCCCGGUGGUUUGCACCCGGAAGCGUAGGUUUGAAGAGGACGAACGGCAGAGCAUCCCCAAUGUGCUCCAGGGGGAGGUGGCCCGGCUAGACCCCAAGUUCCUGGUGAACUUGGACCCUUCUCACUGCAGUAACAACGGCACCGUCCACCUGAUAUGCAAGCUGGAUGACAAGGACCUCCCCAGCGUGCCACCGCUGGAGCUCAGCGUGCCUGCCGACUACCCUGCCCAGAGCCCACUGUGGAUCGACCGGCAGUGGCAGUACGCUCUCCACUGGCACGCGGAGCUGGCACCCCUGGUCCCUGGGCUGGGUGGGGCGGGCCAGGGUCCUGGCAGAGAACACAGCGCUCAUGGCCGGCCGCUCUGCUGCAGACGCCAACCCUUUCCUGCAGUCGGUGCACCGGUGCAUGACCUCGCGGCUGCUGCAGCUCCCUGACAAGCACUCGGUCACGGCCCUGCUCAACACCUGGGCCCAGAGCAUCCACCAGGCCUGCCUCUCAGCCGCCUAGCCGCCACCGCCACUGCAUCUCCGGCUGCCUGCCCUCCAGGGACCGUGGGGCAGCCGGCAGCCUCGUCGGGGCCCCGUGUCGGACAUUUCUGGAUGCUGGCUUCCUUAGAGAGCUUGGGCUUAGGUUAACUUUCCUGCUUUUAUCUUCUGCCUUGGGGACCUGCCAAACAUUUCCCACACUUGGACAGGACUGGGACAGGCAGCUGGCUGCUUCCUCCAGGAGCCAGGCAUGCCCCCGGCCCUGUGCUCCUCAGGCUACUAUCCCCGCAGCCUCUGCAGGGCCCGUGUCCUUCCUCGGGAACUCAGGGUCCUGUGUGAGCCUCUUGCGUGUGCGCCAGAAAGCUCUUCUACCGUUUCCACAGGGGAACGUGCAGGACAUAGGAAACCCUUAAAACAUGCAGAAUUCCUUGAUCACGGUUUUGGGUUGAGAUCGUGCCACCGUUGGCAUGUGGGGCACGCCACAGGGAAGCUCCAGGAUCCGGGGGCGCUGACUGCAGCUCGAGGGAAGGUCUGUUUGUGGCUGUGGGUCCCCGGCCACCGGCCGGGCCUCAUACCUCAUGAUCCUUCUCAUUCUAGCCCUGGGAGUCCGCUCAGCACUGUGGAGGCACCCGGGAGCAGGGGUGUCUGGGUGGAUCUUGUUCCUGGCGCCGUGCCCACUGGUUAGGCACUUAGGCCCACUCGGGUUAGGAUGUUGUCCUUGGGACCCAGCGUCUUAAGAACCCUCCAGACAGUUGAGGGCUCCUGACGGGGUGCCAGCCGGCCCUCUGGCGAUGAGAGGUUCCCCCCUUUUGUAUGUGCAUUACCGUGUCUUCUGUGGUUCUUAUAAUAAAUUUAUUAUUCCUGUGUU